CCAGAAGUGUCCCUGACCUUACCGGAAGUUUCCUCCCGAAGUGCCCCUACUCUCACCGGACGUUCUCCUGUUAAACCGGAAGUCCCCUCGCUAGAGCCGGAAGUGCUCUCUGAGAGAGGGCGGCGCGGGAAGCCGGAGCGGAGCCGGGCGGGCCGACUCUUCCUUUCUCCAUAAGCAGCUGAAACACAAAAAGUCCCCAUCAUGGAUUUUCAACAUCGUCCUGGAGGGAAAACUGGAAGUGGAGGUGUAGCUUCUGCCUCAGAAAGUAACCGGGACCGCAGGGAGAGGCUCCGGCAGCUGGCAUUGGAAACCAUUGACAUCAACAAGGAUCCUUAUUUUAUGAAAAAUCACUUGGGCUCUUACGAAUGCAAGCUCUGCCUCACGCUGCACAACAAUGAGGGAAGCUACUUAGCACACACCCAGGGGAAGAAGCAUCAGACCAAUUUGGCCCGGCGAGCUGCCAAGGAGGCGAAGGAGGCCCCUGCCCAGCCCGCGCCAGAAAAAGUCAAGGUGGAAGUGAAGAAGUUUGUGAAAAUUGGCCGGCCGGGUUACAAAGUUACCAAACAGAGAGAUCCAGAAACAGGCCAGCAGAGCCUUCUGUUCCAGAUUGAUUAUCCGGAGAUUGCAGAAAGCAUCAUGCCUCGUCAUCGGUUUAUGUCAGCCUACGAGCAGAGGAUUGAGCCCCCAGACAGACGCUGGCAGUACCUUCUGAUGGCAGCGGAGCCCUAUGAAACCAUAGCAUUCAAGGUGCCAAGCAGAGAAAUCGACAAAGCAGAAGGGAAGUUUUGGACCCACUGGAACAGGGAAACCAAACAGUUCUUCCUUCAAUUCCACUUCAAGAUGGAGAAGCCCCCUGCUCCCCCAAACCUCCCUCCAGGGCCCCCAACUGUCAAGCGGCCGCCUCCGCCUCCUCUGAUGAACGGCAUGCCCCCACGGCCGCCUCUGCCGGACUCCAUGCCGCCACCUCCACCGGGAGGAAUGGCCCUGCCCCCCAUGCCCCCCUCCGGACCGGUGCCACCACCUCCGGUGCCACCUCAGUUGCCACCAGCACCUGGUGUGCCUCCCCCUGCUCCUCUGCCACCCAUGAUGAGGCCACCACUCCCCACGGAGGGGCCGGGCACUAUUCCCCCUCCGCCACCUUCCAACUGAACCCCUCCUGGACUCUUCAAGCUCCUGUCUUUUUAUAUACAAAUCACAACAGAUUCAGAGAAAUAUCACUGUUUUGUAUGCCUGUGAAUUUGACUGAAUCCUGUAGGUCCAUUAAAAGGUUUUCAAUUGUCCUUUCUGUUUCCCUGUGUUAAAAAUGUUACCAUGUGUUUGCUUUCAUAGAAUGGUUUGGCUUGGAAGGGACCUCAAAGCCCAUCCAGUUCCACCCCCUGCCACGGGCAGGGACACCUCCCACUGGAUCAGGGGCUCCAAGCCCCAUCCAACCUGGCCUGGAACCCCUCCAGGGAUGGGGCAGCCACCACUGCUCUGGGCAACCUGGGCCAGGGCCUCCCCACCCUCACAGCAAAACAUUUCUUCCCGAGAUCUCAUCUCAAUCUCCCCUCUUUCAGCCUAAAACCGUCCCCCUGGUCCUAUCCCUGCACCCUCCCUGAUCAUGAACCCCUCCCCAGCUUUCCUGGAGCCCCUUUCAGAACUGGAAGGUCUCCCUGGAGCCUUCUCCAGGCUGAGAAACCCAAACUCAACCUGGCCUUGUGCAGGAGGUGCUCCAGCGCUCGGAUCGUCACUGUGGCCUCCUAUGGACCCACUCUAACAGCUCCAUGUCCUUCCUGUGCUUUUUUUUUAAGCUCUUAGAUACACAGAGUGUUCCCAGCCUGGUUACAUUUUGGAAAUCCUCCAAAGAGGAGGCAAAAAGCAUUGGAAAUCUCAGCAUCUCGCCCUCUUCUGACUGAACAGCAAUGUCAGACUCAGCGCAGCUGUGUUGGCUUGAGGUGUUGCCCCCCCUUAAACUGCCUACUGUGUGUCCCCCCACUGCCAGGCAGAUAAUCAAUUGUAUUCAUCUGAGAUCUUUUAUCCAGCUGUUUGUUCAGCGAUGGGAACACUUGUUGUAGGCACACAGGAAGGGUUCUGUUCCUGCAUCACCCCUAAUCACAGUGGCCAGCAAGCAGAAUUUUCUAAACCCAGUUUUCUUCAUCAUCCUGCUGAAUGGUGGCUACAAUCACACGAGCAUCCCUCCUGCUAUAUUCCAAAACCUCCGUUCUGCUGCUGCCAGAGCACUGCACAGCAGCUCGGAUAUUGCCAGCUAAAGGCUGGAAACGCCCCUGCUGAGGAAAUCAGCCUGCACUGCUGCUCAGGAGGCUCUGGAAAGUGCCAGGCAAGAUUUCAGUGACCAUUUGAGAGCUAUUCACCCUUCCCUGGAGGGGUUCAAGGCAAGGUUGGAUGGGGCUUGGAGCAACCUGAUGCAGUGGGAGGUGUCCCUGCCCAUGGCAGGAGGUGGAACUGAAUGGGCUUUGAGAUCCCUUCCGACCCAAAUCAUUCUAUGAUUCCCGGUGCACAGCUGCCUGGCUCCCAACCGCUGCGCGCUGGGCUGUUUAUGCCAAGGAUGGCUUCACAAACAGCACCAGUGCUCUCCUCGGUGAUGGUGGUGGGGAUCUCUGGGAAUGUUUAGUCAAAAGAAAUUACCAAGGCUGCAGUGAUAUUAAAUCUUCAUUUAUUUUAAUUCAUUGAUGUUGUCUGUACCGUUAUAAAGCACCUGCUGUUGUGUGUGCUGUUUAUUGUGUCAAUCCUCCCACGGGUAGACUGCUUUUGGCAAGCUUUUAGCUCUCUGUGGUUUUGUUUAUACUAAAUAUUUCCUUCAAACAAUCAUUUGGUUCCCAUUAAAAAAAAAACAGAAGCUUGGAGAUUUCUCCUCUCUGUCCUGCCUGGGAUUCAUUUCACAGACCUGGCUUAUCUCGGUGCGAGAUUUCAGGGUGCUCAGUGGGGAAGGCAGCGCGAGGAGCUGUGCUCUUGGCCAGCGCUCGGCUCCUUUCACAGACACGGGGAGAAGCCCUGUGCUGCCUGCCCGGCUGAAGGAGGCAUCAAAGUCCUGGCCUGACGUGGAUCCCACCUGGAAUUGUGCAAACAUGAGAGCCAGACAGAGCCUGGCUGACCCUCCCUGGCUUUGCUGCCUUGCUGGAAGUACUUUGUCUCGAGAUGAGCUGCCCCAAUGCUGGAAUGACUUUGUGCAGAUCUUCCCAUUGAUGGGUACGAGUCCUUUGUCACAGGUCCUGAAGAGCGAGGUCUGCUGCCACCAGCCCUUUGGCGCAGGGCCCUGUGUUCCUCAGGGUUUGGGUGCACAGGCCAAACAUCACC